UAGGGGCGGGGAUGGAGGAGCGUCUGUCAGGGGAUCGCCAUAUUUCUGUACGGCCCUGGGGCAACCCUCGCAGUCAGUGGGUCAGGAGAGGUGCUGACAAGGCGGGGCGGACCCUGGGUUCCUCCGGCUUCCCCCCUCCCGCUGGGGACAGGUGGCCGCACUGCGCCCCGCCUCCGCCAGCUGCGAGUGGGAACCAGGGUGAGCCAGUCCAGGACGGCCACCGCCCGCUGCGAGUCCGUGGACGGCGCAGCUUUAGUGCGGGAACAGCCGGCCGAGGGGUCCGGCAGCUACGAGGGACUAUCCUGGCGGCCAAAAAAAUGCUCUUGUACCGAGGGUCCCCCGCGGGCCCUGGGGCGCCGAGUGUCGGACUGGCCAGGGCGGCCAGCGUCCCGCAGGCCUCCGGGAUCCGCCUGAGCACGAUGAGCCCCCGCUACCUCCAGAGCAACUCCAGCAGCCACACGCGACCCUUCAGUGCCAUCGCGGAGCUGCUAGAUAACGCUGUAGAUCCAGAUGUAUCUGCCAGGACAGUCUUUAUAGAUGUUGAAGAAGUCAAGAAUAAAUCUUGUUUGACCUUUACUGAUGACGGAUGUGGCAUGACACCUCACAAACUCCAUCGAAUGCUCAGCUUUGGCUUUACAGAUAAAGUAAUAAAGAAGAGCCAGUGUCCCAUUGGGGUCUUUGGUAAUGGCUUCAAGUCGGGUUCCAUGCGGCUAGGAAAGGAUGCUCUUGUCUUCACCAAGAAUGGGAGUACUCUCACUGUUGGACUUCUGUCCCAGUCCUACCUGGAAUGUAUUCAGGCCCAGGCAGUUAUUGUACCAAUUGUCCCUUUCAGCCAGCAAAGCAAAAAAAUGAUUGUUACUGAAGAUUCUUUGCCAAGCCUAGAAGCCAUCUUGAACUAUUCAAUUUUCAACAGUGAAAAAGACCUGCUAUCUCAGUUCGAUGCUAUCCCAGGCAAAAAAGGCACUCGUGUCCUCAUUUGGAAUAUCCGGAGAAACAAAGAUGGAAAGUCAGAGCUGGACUUUGAUACAGAUCAAUAUGAUAUCCUUGUAUCAGACUUCGAAGUUGAAGACAAAGAGACUGGUGGUAUCACCUCUGGGCUGCCGGAAACAGAAUAUUCCCUGCGGGCAUUUUGUAGUAUUUUAUAUAUGAAGCCCCGGAUGAAGAUUUUUCUGCGGCAAAAGAAGGUGGCCACCCAGAUGAUUGCUAAGAGCCUGGCCAAUGUAGAAUACGAUAUAUAUAAGCCUACCUCCACAAAUAAGCAGGUGAGAAUCACGUUUGGAGUCUCUUGCAAAUAUAACCAGUUUGGAGUUAUGAUGUAUCAUAAUAACCGCCUUAUUAAGGCCUUUGAGAAGGUGGGCUGCCAGUCAAAGCCAAUUGAUGAAGAAGGUGUGGGAGUAAUUGGAGUCAUUGAGUGCAAUUUCCUAAAACCUGCCUACAACAAACAAGACUUUGAGUACACCAAGGAAUACCGGUUGACAAUGAAUGCCCUUGGCCAGAAGCUCAAUGCUUACUGGAAGGAAAAAACAUCUCAAGAGAAUUUUGAGACCUUACCAACAUCCAGGAGGAUUCCUGACCAGACAUGGGUGCAGUGUGAUGAAUGUCUUAAGUGGAGGAAGCUUCCUGGAAAGGUGGAUCCAUCCACAUUACCUGCAAGAUGGUUUUGUUAUUAUAAUCCCCAUCCAAAGUACAAGAGAUGCUCUGUUCCAGAAGAACAAGAACGCAUUGAUGAAGAUUUACACCAGAUCAAGGCUAAGCAACAAGAUGAAAAUGUUGAGAAGAAGCAGGAGCCUGUGGAAAGUGACAAGCACCAGGUCCUCAGUAAUCCACCAAAAACUCCUACUACACAAGAUAUGGCUGAACUAAAUGACAAAGCUGCUGAAUAUGAGCAAAUCAAUAGCCCUAGCCUGCUUCCAUCUGUUGGAGAAGAAAGCAGAUCAUCUCCUCAAUUUAAAUCUCUGGAUUCCAGUGUUUUUCAGUUUUCCAGUAAGUACAAACUGAUCCUAGGUGAGGAGCCUGUGGAGAAACGAAGGAGGUUCCAAAAUGAGAUGACACCAUCUCCUAUAGAUUAUUCCAUGUCCAGUCCUUACAGAAGGGGAGAAGUAGCUGCCACCUACCCAGGAGAAAACAACCAUGAUAAAUCCAGUUCUGAGAGAAGUACACCACCACACCUCUUACCAGAAUACCCAGAAGCAAACAAGAAUACAGGGCAGAACAGGGAAGCUCCAGCACUUUGCCCAGGGUCCCAGGACCAAGGCCUGGGUUCCCUGUUGCUUACUGAAGAAUUAGAAGAUCAGAUGCCAAAACUGGUAGCAGAAGAAUCUAACAGAAGUAGUGAGAACAUAAACAAAGAAAUGAAUAAAGGGCCUUUUGUAGCUGUUGUAGGCAUUGCAAAGGGAGUUGCAGAUUCAGGAGCUCCCAUCCAGCUAAUCCCCUUUAACAGGGAGGAGUUUGUAGGCAGAAGAAAGGCAGCAGAAUCCUGGAACCCAAAUCCUAAUCCUGCUGCAGCAGCCACUGCAGGGAAGGGAAAAGGCUGCCAGGAGAGUAGAAGUCGUAACAUGCCAAAGAUAAAGGACCAGAAAGAGUUGGAAGAAUUGAAAAAAACCACGGAAAAAUUGCAACGUGUUCUGGCUGAAAGGAAUUUGUUCCAGCAAAAGGUGGAGGAGCUGGAACAGGAGCGAAACCAUUGGCAUUCUGAAUUUAAGAAAGCUCAACACGAAUUGGUGACCUAUAGUACACAGGAGACAGAAGGCUUAUACUGGAGCAAGAAGCACAUGGGUUAUCGCCAAGCUGAAUUCCAGAUUCUGAAAGCUGAGCUAGAAAGAACCAAAGAGGAGAAGCAAGAACUAAAAGAGAAACUGAAAGAGACAGAGACACACUUGGAAGUACUGCAGAAGGCCCAGGACUCCUACCGGAACCCAGAGGGAGAUGACCUAGAAAGGGCUUUGGCAAAGCUUACGCGGCUACGUAUCCACGUCAGCUAUCUCCUUACUUCUGUCCUCCCUCACUUGGAGCUUCGUGAGAUCGGGUUUGACUCAGAACAAGUGGAUGGGAUCCUGUACACAGUGCUGGAGGCAAAUCACAUACUGGAUUGAGCACCAGACUAUAUAUCCUCUCCUAGCUUUUCUCUUUUCUGCCUGGUUACUGAAUGUGCUCCCGUCUUAUCUCUCCCCCAGCCUCCUUCUUUCUCUUUCACCUUUAUGCCUUAUAUGGAGAAUCUUGGAAUAAGUCCUGGCUUCUUAAUCAGUGUUCUUCACGUUCCUCAUGGGUAUGGCAAAAGAGGCCGAUUAAAUAGCCUUUCAAGAGUCCAGGGACAGAAAAGCAAUAGUCACCAAGUUAGGUGACCUGAAAGCUCUACUUUUAAUGAUCUAGAUACUUGGCCUAUUUCAUAUGAUGGUUUGUAUUCAUUUAGGUUAAAUCAAUCAGCAAGAGUUGAGUCCAAUGAACUUGGUGAGAUAAUCAAUAUUUCAUCCCUGCCAAGGUUCUAAUAAUCUAGUUGGAAGCACAAGCAACACCAAGUUAACUAACUAUACAAAGAAGGGUAUGGUGUGCAUGAGUGAUAUAAACAUGACAUAGAAGAGAGAGGAGAGCAAUUUCAAGUACAGCGUAAGUGGGACCUAAAUGAAGCUUUAAGGAGUGACCAGGCCAACACUCUUAAUGAUGGCUGUUGCUUAGGUGGUAAAGGUUACAGUUGAUGAUUUUUCUUCUUCCUAUCUUCUUGCCCUGCUGAAAUUUUCUCUAACAUUCUUGUUACUCUCCUUACAUUGGAAAAUAAAUUGUUUUGAAAGCUAACAA